AGUAUGUCUGACAACAAACAAAAUAAGAGGAGAAGCAAAAAAGGUUGUGGGAGUGUUGUUGCUUUUCAGAAUGCAGACAAUAUAAUGCAAGAAAUGUAUCAGUCAGACAAAGCUCUAGGAAAAACCAGCCAAAUUGCACCAACAUCCAGAGCAUGGCCAGACCAACAAGUGGCAUGUUUUCCAAGUAAAAAUCAGAUAGCAUUACCCAGGAGACAUCACAUUUCUUUACCUUUCUUAAAUAAAGAGGACAUGGGAUGUGGCUUUGACUUCAGCUUUCUGCUACAGACCUCAUGCCCAGAAUCUAACAUUUCAACAUCAUUUAUGGAUUUAGAUACUUUCCAGAUAAUAAAAGCACAAAUACAACAAAGGUUAUCUAUAACAACACUAAAAACCAGGAACAAGAAAUCUAAGUUUCAUUUGCCACCAGUGACAUGUCAGCCUGUAAGAAAAAUUCAUCUUGCUCCUCUAAGGGAUGAUAUUGUCAAUGAAAGCAGAAACAUCAAAACUAUUUUAAAUAUUAUGAACUCUAUUCCUCAGCCUAUAAAACCAGUUACGAAAUUUUGUCAGUAUCAGUUAGACAACUUAUUAAACAGGGACAGUGAAAAGUCAUCAGAAUUGAUCAUAGCCACAAUUUCUGAUAAGUUCACUCCAGUGAAGGAUCUGUACUACUUCAGCAUUAAUAACUGUGAUAAGUACCUUAACAACAAGAAGGAAGAAAUCCAAAGCCAUUUCAAGUGGAGGGAAGCUGAUGUAGCAAUCCACACUGGGAAGAAGAAAUUCCAGUGUUCAGUGGUUUGUGAGAAUAUCAAUCUUCUGACCCAGGCCGGGUUCUGGGAUCAGAGUCAUCCCCACUUGAGCUCAAGCAGUGUUCUGGUGAACUGUGGCAUGUUUGCAGCCCAGACAGCAUUUACAGUGUCCAGCAACAGCAAUGCCUCAAGAGCUGGCAAUAAGCAAAACGGAGCAGAGAAUUGCUGUAGCACUGGUCUGGCAGAAGAAAAUGCUGCAGAGAUGAUGCUGGAUUAUAAACCACAGGAAGAUGCUGAGAGUGCCAACCUUGUGCUUUACAACCAGGAUUUAGAUUCCUCCUGUAAAAAUGAAGUGAUAGAGGCCUACCAAGCCUUGGAAGAUAACUCUGUAGUUGCAGUAAUUCCUGGAGCAGAAGCUCAGGAUCCCUCUGGAAAACAGCCAGAAAAUCAAGUCUGUCUCUCUGAAUCUGAAACAGAAAAAGAAGCCAUUUCAGAAGCAACUUUAGAGGACCAAAGUGAGCUUGUAGCUGUUGCUCAUGUUAUGCUCUCUGAACAAGAGCCAGCCAGGGAACCACACAUUGCUGAACAGCCUACCAGAAAAAAUGGUGGUGUCUGUACUCUCCUUCCUCAUGCUCCUCAGAGCCUCAAUGUUCUUGCUUACAAAGAAAAUGACAAAAAUAAAAUAAAGAUGAAUAGAAAUAAAUAUUCACCAAAAUCUAAAAUUAAUAAUAAGAUAAAAGUAUUUGAAGACUUAAUUGCUUCUGAAGAGGUUACCACAAAAUCAAAUGCCAAGAGUCAGAUUUUUCCAUCUUUGGAACUGACAAAAGUGAAAUCUGAGGCUUCCAUGAAGUGUCAGAAAAAAUCCACUCAAGGACACAAAGGCCAUGUUGUUCAGAGUGCCCAGAAAAUUAAAAAGCAAAGUUGCUCCUGCAGUUGCAAAAACUCAGCUGUCUUAAAGAAACACGUUACUCCACUUUGUCUGCCACGUACACCCUCUGCUUCAGAUUUUGUAGAUCUGAAAUACACUGACAUGUUCAAAAUAAUAAAUUCAGAUGACCAAGGCCCAGGUAUUUAUGAAAUGUUUGGAACUCCUGUCUAUUCCCGCGUGAGAGACCUUGAUCAGCAUGAGGGCAGGUUUUACAAAGGUGUUUAUUCUGUUCCACCAGGAAGAUGCACCUGCAGAUCUGCCUGCAGUAAAGGGGGAGAAAGCAGCAGAGUCAGAAACAUUCAAAAGAAAACUCAUUCCAAGCCAAAGAAGACCACACCUGGUGCUAAACAAAAGCAGAAAAGUUUAAUCACAAAGGACAGAAGGACCAAGUUGAGUGUCAGCAACACAGAGCAAGGCAAUGCAACAACAUCUGACUUGGCUUUUCAAACACACGCCUUGAGUAGCACAACAUUGUUCCAUGGAGACACAGAUCAUCAGCUCACAUUUUCAGAAGAGCUUUCACAGUCAGCUAAGCAAAAUGAAAUGUUUACAAAUUCAAACCUCUCAACUAUUAAAGAAGUUUCUUUGGAGGAAUUAGACAGCCAGGAUAAAUCCAGCUGUCAGAGAGCUGCUGCCUGCAGGCAGGAUCUCCUUCAGCUCAGUGAUCAAGACUGCAGAGAAUGUGUUGCUCCAAGUGGCAGUCUGGUAACAGCAGAGCAGAACAUCUGUGUGCCCCAGUGCAGGGGGGAUAUAGAUGGUGGCAAAGGCUGGGAAUCACACCAGGACUCCAAGUCUGUCAAUAAAUGUGAGUUGCCUUUUUCAGAUAGACUGGAAUGUCAGUCCCCUUCAAAAAUAUUAGAUCACAUUAGUUGUGCAAACACACCUCAAAACAGUGGUUUGGCAAAUGAAUUGACUCAGACUUCAGUGAUUUGGACAAAAAAGGCCAAAAGCCCCAGUUCCCAGACAAGUCAAAACAUAUCUUCCUGGUCAGAUACUAAGGAUGUGACUGACAAGUUGCUUUGUUGUCUGGCCAAAGAAUUGCUAAUGCUUGAAGAAAAAGACACCAACUCUUCAAGAACAAAAAAUACAUGUUCUAAAAUACAAAACACACAGAGUGAAGAAGAGGAAAAUAUGAUGAAUGGAGAUGGAGCAAUAAUAAAUAGUGCUCUAGAGAAGAGUUACAGUAAAGCCUUUUUGGCUUCAAAUGAAGAAAAGGGCCUUCUAAACUUUGAUGAAUCUACUAAAUUAUCAGGAAGCAGUUUAACUACCAAAGAUCCUGUCAUGUGGACAAGAGGAGAAGUCCUUGGAAAGGGAGCCUAUGGCACGGUGUACUGUGGUCUGACAAGCCAGGGACAGUUAAUAGCUGUAAAACAGGUGAUUUUGGAUACAUCAGAUCAACUCACUACAGAAAAGGAGUAUCAGAAGUUCCAUGAGGAAGUUGAUCUUUUGAAGACAUUGAAGCAUGUAAAUAUUGUAACUUAUUUAGGAACUUGCCUGGAAGACAAUAUUUUGAGCAUAUUCAUGGAGUUUGUUCCUGGUGGCUCCAUUUCCAGUAUUCUGAAUCGCUUCGGCCCCUUGCCAGAAGUUGUCCUGUGUAAAUACACCAAGCAAAUUCUACAAGGGGUUGCAUAUUUACACGACAACUGUGUGGUCCACAGAGACAUCAAAGGCAACAACGUGAUGCUCAUGCCCACCGGGGUAAUCAAGCUGAUUGACUUUGGCUGUGCCAGGCGCCUGGCCUGGGCCAGCCUCAGCGGCACCCGCAGCGAGCUGCUCCGCUCUGUGCACGGCACUCCCUACUGGAUGGCUCCAGAGGUGAUCAGUGACUCUGGCUAUGGCAGGAAAUCAGACAUCUGGAGUGUUGGCUGCACCGUGUUCGAGAUGGCAACAGGCAAACCCCCUCUGGCUUCCAUGGACAGGGUGGCAGCCAUGUUCUACAUCGGGGCCCACAGGGGGCUGAUGCCGGCCCUGCCCGAUCGCUUCUCCAGCGCUGCCGUGGAGUUUGUGCACGCCUGCUUAACCAGAGAUCAGCACGAACGGCCUUCUGCUCGGCAGUUGCUGGACCAUCCCUUUGUGAAAGGAGGACAGUGA